UUGGAUUCCAAAGACAGAAGAUAUCUUGCCUCCUUGGACAAGUCUCUCUCCAUCUUCAAUUCGGUGGUUGAAUGGGCUGACUACAUCUCCUUUUUGGCCAAGUUGUUGAAAUCCUUACAGUCAAAUUCAAGAGGAAACUGGUUGCCCAAAAUCUACUCUUUGAAAAUAUCCAAAAACCUAGCAAACUGUCUAUCACCAAAUUUGCCCAGUGGAGUGCACAUGAAGACAAUUGAGGUCUAUUCCUACAUUUUCAAAAUGAUUGGCUUGAAAAAAUUAUCAAACCAAAUCUCCAUCUGGAUUCCUGGCUUGUUGCCCUUAAUGUCUUUUGCAUCUAUUUCUAUCAAGCCUUCCUUGAUUGAAUUGUUUGACACCUUCAUAAUCACACUAAACCCGAUCUGCCUUAAAAUCAUGAUCAAGCCUCUAUUGCUAAGUUUAUUGCCUGCAAUUGACGAUGAAUCAAGCGAAAGUUUUCUUGAUGUCCUAGAUCUAAUCGACACUCUAAAGAAAAACUUGAAUGACAACUCUUCUUUUUGGCAAUCGUUGUUUUUAAUCAUAAUCUCAAAUCCAGACAAAAGAUUGGGCGCUCUAAUAUGGUGCAAUAAAAGAUUGCCUUCCUUUAACAUUGUAUCUCUUGCAAAUGCUACUGAUAUCCAAUCUAAUCUUGACAAUAAAGACCAAUUGAGGUUCAACCUUGACUCCACCGAUAUUUGGUCAAAUAAAGUAUUGAAGGAAAAUGCUUUAUCCAAUCUACCCAACGAAGCAAAAGCAUGCGUCUCUCCUGAACCUGGUCUACUAAUAAGAGCCUUUUGUAAAGCCUUGAAGGAUGACAACAUUUUUGUUCAAAGAGGCUUUUUCGAUUUAUUACUAUCCAAAUUGCAACUAAACUCAAACAUCCUACAACUACUAGCCACUCCCUCAGAUUUAACUAAAUUAAUCAUCUGUGCUUCUUCAACCGUAUUGAGAAAAGACAUGUCUUUAAACAGAAGAUUAUGGAAUUGGCUACUAGGCCCCGAUCUCUUAGAUUCAUCAAAUUUACCAAAUAGACACUCACUACCCCAAGCUUUUUUAAAACUAAUCAAUUAUUUCAAAAAAUACGGUAAAUCUCAACUAGUAAAUGGCCUACUAAAACUAAUAGAUAUCCAAAACAAUUCGUCUGAAGAUACUCACAAAAUCAUUACAAACCACGAUUCAAUGCCUCCCUACAAAAGAAUGAUCCAAGCCUAUAAAAUUUGUCUAGCUAUAAUGGACAAGUGGGAAAUUGGCUCUCUUAUAAUACCAGAGGUUUUCAUUCCUUGCAUUUCUUCAAUUCAAAUCCUCCAUCAUCAAUUGAAUAUCUCUACCAACAAUUACUCAAUUCAAUCUCAAAACAACUCAUCCAACACUUUAAAUAACUCUAACACUGAUAAUGAAUUUAAUCAAGUCUUAAAAAAUGCUUCCGCUUUCUUUGAUAACAUUGAGCCCAUAAAUAUCUGGUCAGAUCUAUUUAAACUCAUUGACAAAAAUCAACUCCUUUUAUUCAAAUUCACCACCAACUACUUCAAUGUCGAUGAAGAAGAAAUGAUUGUAAAACACCUCCCUUUAAACCUUUUGCUUUUAUUAUUUAAAAAAAUUUUCAACAAUAAUUUCAUAACAAUUGAUCAAGAAAAGGACAAAUCAAUUGUUCUUGGAUAUGUGUAUCAAUACAAUUUGAACAAUAUAGACGAUCCCCAAUCCUCACCCAUUCCACCUGCUGAUUUGUCAUUAAUGAUUUUGAACUCAAUAACUAUUCUAGUCUGGAAAGCAUUAAAAAAAAGAGAUGAUAUGAUAUAUUAUUAUUGCGAUCUUUUGAAUGAUGUGCUAGAAAAGAUUCCAAAAAAUAACAAUAGUAGUAACGAUAAUAAAUUUACUUGGAAAAAUGAUUUUUUCAUUGACGAAGUUUUUAACUUGAAAAAUUUAAGAAAAUCUGAUGGAUUCAAAAAUAAUUUUAAAAUUUCCAACCAUCUGUUUAAAUCAUCAAUUGAUACCCCACUUAAUAAUGACGACAGCUUGGUCAGUUUAUCUUUUGUUUCAAUCACCUUUGGAAUUUCAAAAAUAUUUAAUGAAAUUACUAAAAGUUUGAGCACUCUCAAGAAAAUCGAAUUGCUCAAAGUAUUACUAAGAUUGCUAUGGGACUGUCUUAUCGACCCUUCAAGCAAAUACCAAGUCGAGUCGGUUAAAUAUAUUUUAAGCUUUGAGCUUAGCAUUGAUCCUCACUAUAUUGAGUCAGAAUUGUCAAAUUUGUUUUUAAAUGCAGAUAAACAUGACAAAUAUGAUAGAUUUCGUGGGUUUUCUGCUCUUUGGACUCACACAGCUAAUUUGUCCAACAAUAACUUUUUCAUGGACCAAAUUUUAUCAAGACCGUUUCAAUUGGUCUUAGAUGAGUUGGCAGUCAAAAGAUCUUCUGAUUACCUUCUUGCUUCAUAUUGGAUUUCAUCUACCUCAAAAUCUGGGUCUUCUAACCGAUUAUUUAAAAUGAUUUCAAUUCCAUUGGCGAAAACAAGUUUUAUCAUGAAUACUAAAGCUUCUAAAUCCCGAAUAUAUAUUAUAGAUGAUAUUGAUUUAUACUGUUAUCAAGUGCAGACUAUUAUGAAUGUUUUAAAUGUCGAUCCGCCUCUAUUAAUAAGCGGAAUAAGUAAUGAAUUAACUGUGUUAGAUCGUGAGCUCCAAAUACAAAUAAUCAAUGCUGGUUUUGAAGAUAACUUUGAUUUAUCAACAUACAAAAAUUUGAUUAUCGCCGUACUUUUAAGGUUUCUUUCAUUAGAGUUGGAUGAGAGCACCAUGAAUCGUUUAUCAUCAAUUUGCUCGUUCACAAAAGCGAUGAGAACUUCAUUGGCAUUGCUUGAGAUGUUGUUAAAUGGCAACGAAAAGGAUUUUGCUCAAAUUCCAUCGAUUUUAUUAAAGAUUUCAUUCAAAUAUUUUCAAAAAUUGGAUAACUUGAACUAUAAAGAGACCAGUCAAAACUCUUACAUAAACUAUAAUUACAAUUAUGAUUAUAUAUUGGUAAGUUUUUUAAGGAUUAUUUCAUCUGUAAUUAAUAAUUCAAUUUUGAUAAAUUAUUGGGCGCAGCUUUUAUCUAAAAGCACUGUUUAUUUUGGCGAAUCGAUAAUUCAAGCUAUUACUCCAUUGACAGAAUGUAUUUGCACUAAGAUUAACGACUUUUUUUCACUAAUUAGAAAUUCUUUUGAUAACAAUUAUAAUGCUAAUGAUGUAACAAUAGAUAAAGAAAAAAAUAGUAAAAUGACAUUUGAAAUUGGACAAUCUAUCGCUUUAUUGAUGAACGCGUUGGAUGAUGUUUUAUCUUAUUGUCACAUAUACAUUUCUUCUAGUGAAGCCAAAAUCACAUCAGCCAAAACCAAUUCCAAUGACCCUGGUUUUUUUGGUUCAGUAAUGUCUGGGGUAUUUGCGGUUGAAACUCCAAUGGCCAGAACUGCAGAAGAAAACAAAAAACUAAUAAUUUUGUAUUGCAUUCAAGAAACUGCCAAAGUAUGCCUGGAUAUUUGGUCUUGGGCAGAGCAAAAAACAAGAUUGCAACUCAAAAAUUCAAAUGAUACAAAUUACUAUUUAAAUUAUUAUCCUCAAAAUGAUUUGAAUUUUUUAAAGUCGAUAAACUAUCAUAUUUCUAAUCUUAAAUUUAGAUCAAAAAAGUUGUUGGAAAAACUUUAUCAGUUGCAACCAUUAGAAGUUUUACAAACCUUGAUGCUUGCUGAUCGCAAUUUUUCAGCACCAUUGUUCAAGAUUUUACACAUGUUAGAUGGUGGGAAACCACAAUCGACCGUUCCUCAUAUAUUUAAUUUGAUAAAUUUGAAACUAAAUCCUGAAGCAGUUAGUUCAAAAUACAAAAUAUCAAUUCAUUUACUUUCGUCUAGCAAUCUCAAUGACAAGAUGUUAUCAAUGUUUUUAGUUGAGUAUGUGAAAUCAUUAGAAAGUGAUGCUGUUGAAGAAAUUUGGAAUCAAAGUAUGAAUUUUUUAAAAGAUGUUCAAAAUUUGGGUAGUGUCUAUGCUAAUAUUUACCCAUUUAUAUUGCAAUUUACCUGCAUUUUGGGGGAAAAAUUAAACAAGUCUAAAUUUGGCGAACAGAGAAAAGUUAAGAGAGAGAUAUCAGAUACUUUUAUGAAAAUCUUAUCGGGGACACUAUCUGCUCGAGGACCUUCGAACCAAAGUGCGAUUUUGGAUGCAAUGACAUCAGAAGAGCUUUGUAAAUCAAUUCAGAGUACAUUGCCGUAUAUUAGUAGCAUAGUGCAGGACUAUGAUAAAUUUACUACCACAAUGACGUCGAUAGUGUUAAAUAUUGUGACACCAGCAUUGAAAUCCAAGACAUUUCCUAAUUUACCAUCAUAUUUGCUUGAUUUAUUAGUUGAAUUGAGCGAGGCAGCAUUGAAUGUUAAAACCUGGAAACUAACGAUUAAUGACGUAUUUGUUGAUUCUAAAUUUUUCAAGAUGAGUUUGAUUCAUAGUUUAUCAUGGAAGGUUAUAAUUAAAAAUUGGAUUGAGUCGGAUAAGGAUAAGAUGGGCGAGUUUUUAUCAAAAGUUGAGCCACAUAAUGCUAGUUCCACGACGUUAUUUGGAUGGAAUGAGAGUGAGAUUAAUUCGAAGAUAUUGAAGUUGAAACGAAUUGUUUUUUUAUUGAUAAUAUCGGCGAAAGACACGUAUAUUUUGAAUUUGAAAGAGAUUAUGAGUAAGAUUGAAGAAAUAUUGACAACUUCGAAUGCACUAAAAGAAGAAGUGUUUUUAUGUCUUCGAGCAAUAGUGUUGAGAUUUUCGGAUGCGCAUUUGACGUCAUAUUGGACGUUGAUUUAUACGGAAUUACAAAAAAUGUUUCAAAAUGUUUUGGAUUGUUCAAAACCGGAAGAGAUUGAAGAUAUUGAUUGCAAUGCUUUGUUAGGAGCGUGUAAGUUGUUGGAUUUAUUGUUGUGUUUAAAAAAGGAAGAUUUCAAUCAAAACGACUGGUUGUUUAUAUCUGAUUCGAUUGGUACGAGUGGAUAUGAUUUUGACCUUUCCAAUAUGGGGUUGUAUAAGAGGCCAUCGUUGGAUGAUUAUCGAAGGAUUGAGCUAGUUACGAAUAUUGAUGAACGAGAAGAUAUUGAGAAAAACCGCAAGCCUGGGUUGAUUGGGGUUAAAGAAAUUGAGAACAUAAGUUUAUUGAAGCCAUUUUUUGAUUCAUUAAGCUUGUAUAAUUUUGAGAAGACGUAUGGAUUGAGUGUAGCGGAUAUUGAGAGUUGUGAGCAAGAUAUUUACAAUGAUUUGUUUGAU